UCUUCAGUGGUUGUUGUUGUGGUUUGCUUUAUUUUAUGGCCACUGUCCAUAAGCAUAGAUUCUCUUUGUGAGAGAUUUCAGAGUCCUCUCUCCUAGCUGUGUGGCUUAGGAAUGGAUGAUUGUGCUCUCUCUGCUCUGCUUUGAUUCUCUCUGCUCAUAAAAGACGAACCUCUUCAUAGUCAUUACAGUUGAAGUUUGUGGAGGUGCUUUCAUCAGUUUUUAUUUUCAAGCAGCAAAAUGAGUCAUGCACAUUCUCAUAUUGGUUCUGGUAGUAGAACCACUCGAAGAGCUUUUGAGUUUGGCAAGACACAUGUAGUGAGACCUAAGGGAAAACACCAAGCAACUAUAGUUUGGCUGCAUGGCCUUGGUGAUAAUGGUUUGAGUUCAUCUCAGUUGCUGGAAUCACUUCCACUUCCAAACAUAAAAUGGAUUUGCCCUACUGCUCCGACCCGUCCUGUGGCAAUACUUGGUGGUUUUCCCUGCACUGCAUGGUUUGAUGUGGGAGAACUUUCAGAAGAUGGUCCAGAUGACUGGGAAGGUUUAGAUGCUUCAGCAGCACAUAUUGCUAAUUUGUUGUCAACAGAGCCAGCUGAUGUGAAAGUUGGUAUUGGAGGGUUCAGCAUGGGUGCAGCAAUAUCAUUAUACUCUGCAACUUGUUAUGCCAUGGGAAGGUAUGGAAAUGGCAUUCCAUACCCUAUCAAUUUAAGAGCAGUUGUUGGACUGAGUGGUUGGCUUCCAGGAUCAAGGAGCUUAGGGAACAAAAUAGAAGUGUCCCAUGAAGCGAGAAGGCGAGCUGCGUCGAUACCAAUUUUACUGUGCCAUGGAAUCAGUGAUGAUGUAGUCCACUGCAAAUAUGGAGAGAAAUCUGCUCAAACCUUAAGCUCAGCAGGGUUUCGACAUAUCGCAUUCAAAUCCUAUGAAGGGCUUGGUCAUUACACAGUUCCAAGAGAGAUGGAUGAAGUUUCAACCUGGCUUAAUUCAAGGCUAGGGCUUGAAGGAUUUUUGUCGUAAAUGACAAAACUAUUUAGUAUGAAAAUAUGAAUCAGCGCAUGCUUGUAAAAUAACAGGGAAGGUGGGAUGCACAUGCACAAGCAAGUAUCUAGAUGGUGGGGCUGUUCAUUCAUGGGUAUAUAAAUAGGAGGAUUAAAUUUAUGGGUUCCUUUUUGUCAUGGUUGUGAGCAAUAAACAUAUAUGAAUGUGUUUUACUAAGUAUUUCCCUCACUAUAUUAUUGUAGAAUCUAGGUAAUGGGUCAUUUGUACUAUUGGAGAGAUUUUCAGUUUUUAUUUUUAGUAUUAUUGUAACAAAGCAAGGAACUUGGCUUUCCUUGUUUUUCAAUUUCAAGAAACAUUUUAUUAUAUCUAAAAACUUUAUGUAGUUAAAGAUAA